UUAAAAAACAAAACAAAUAUCCGGAUACAACAACUAAAUUUGAUAUAAAAAAAUUAUAUUUUUUCAACUGUUAUUAUCAGUACAAACAGAAAAAAGUGUCAACAUAUACCGAACAGACUCGGGAGAACAACAACUAUACACUCAAAGCAAUUGAAAGUUAAGAAAGUCUAUUUAUUUUUAAGGCCACAACAAACAACGUCUGGGUAACUAGCUAAUUAACAAAAACUACAUACAUUUUACUUGUGCGUACGAAAAAGAGGGAAAAACUAAUUAAAAAUGGAUUAUGAUCCUGUGCCCACUGUUGUGCCAGCUGAGCCUUUAGAUGUUGAAGCCGACGUCGCAGCUUUGCGCGCUGCUAUGAAGGGUUUUGGCACCGAUGAACAAGCCAUCAUUGAUAUUUUAACCGCCCGUUCUAAUGCACAACGUCAGGUAAUAAAGGAAAACUUUUUACGCGAAUAUGGCCGUGACUUAAUAGAAGAUUUAAAAAGUGAACUUGGAGGCAAAUUUGAAGAUGUCAUUAUUGCUCUCAUGCUAACCCCCGUGGAAUAUUUAUGCAAACAAUUGCACAAAGCCAUGGCGGGCUUGGGUACCAACGAAAGUACACUAGUGGAAAUCUUAUGUACUAAAAGCAAUGAAGAAAUGGCUGAAAUAGUCAAAUGUUAUGAAAAUAUGUAUGAUCGCCCAUUGGCCGAGCAUAUGUGCAGUGAAACUUCGGGUCACUUUAGACGUCUUUUAACUUUAAUUGUUACUGGUGUAAGGGAUCCAGCUGGUACUGUUGAUACCGAAAAAGCCAGGGAACAAGCUGAGGCUCUCUACAAUGCUGGUGAGGCUAAAUUGGGUACCGAUGAAGAGGUUUUCAAUCGCAUAAUGGCCCAUGGUAGUUUUGCUCAAUUGCGUUUGGUAUUUGAGGAAUAUAAAAACGUAAGCGGACAGACAAUUGAACAGGCUAUUAAACAUGAAAUGAGCGGUGAAUUGCAUGAAGCUAUGAUGGCCAUAGUUGAAUGUGUUCAAUCGCCCCCCGCCUUCUUUGCAAAUCGCCUUUUCAAAGCCAUGGACGGUAUGGGCACUGAUGAUACCACUUUAAUACGCAUUAUAGUUUCACGUUCGGAAAUUGAUUUGGGCAAUAUUAAAGAAGAAUUUGAACGUAUUUAUAAUCGUACUUUAGUUAGUGCUGUAAAGUCGGAAACUUCAGGCGAUUUCAAACGUGCUUUGUGUGCCUUAAUUGGUGGAGCUUAAAUUAAUCAAUUUUCAAUAUAAGGAAUCUCACUUUUUGGCAGAAUAUAAAUCUCCUAAUUAUUUGUUUUAUUAAUUUCCCUAUUUAGUAGUGUGCAGCUUUAAACAAUGAAAUUGUCAAGUAUUAACAAAUUAUAUCAUGUUGAACCUUAUUCUUCUUUAAAUAAAAAGUAAUGUGGUGUCUUACAAAGUUA